AUGGCUCCAAUUCGCACCCGACGAACUCUUCGCCCGCGCUGGUCGCGUGGCAUCACCAAGAGGAACGCCGCCGAGCGAGUUUUCAACAUUCCAGAGCUGGUCUCUGAGAUUGUCCACUGGCAGGUCCAGGGACUUGGCGACUUCAUCUACGAGAAAAUGGGUCUGGGUACCAAGCGGGAGCCCUAUGUGGAAGACCAGGCGGGUUACCUCUGGCAGUUUGCCUCGUUGAACCGGACUUGGUACACGGAGGUAAUCCAACGUCAACGAACCUGGGCGAACACUAUGGGUGCGAUGGACACGCCGGCCGUGCCUCGCUCACUUGACGUGAUCUUCGCAAAGGUCCCGGCCCAAUUCCGCCAACAGUACGCUGACCACGUUGAGCGGGCCUCGCUGGUCACCGUCGACGCCGGGGACGCCCGUGCUGCUGACGCCGCGCUGCGGGAUGUUCGUUUCCCAAAGCUGCGGGUACUGAAAUUGUGCUUGCGGGGGAGUAGUCGCGACUCUGACAUUCGGACCCUUAUGGAUGGCGCUCACAUCCCGCGCAUCCAGGGCGAAUCGGUCACCGUCCUCUCCAUCAGCAGCGAUGGCGGCAAGGAGCCGGAAUGGAGAUGGCCUCUCCACGGAUUGCCCGAAGAUUGGGCAAAGUUGUUCAGACAGAUUUCGGUCCGCUUUCCGAAUCUCGAGAAAGUCGAGAUCGGACACCAAGUCCUUGUCGGAGACAAGGUUGUCGAAAGCUUCGCUCGUCGGCACCCAGCCCUACGGACCCUUGAGCGGCACUGGUCCGAGCCUUCGAUCAUGGCCUUUGAUCUCCUCCAUGACCCUUCUCGGAUCUGA